CGUACCUGAAGUCUAAAACGUUGCCUCCGCCGCUUCGCUGUUAUCGUCGCCACGGUCGUCAAUUCGGUGUGCGUCCUCUGUGCUCGUUUCCCAUCUCUUCUCCUUCUCCUUGGUUUGUGCCUCUCUCUCUCUCUCCCACCUUCUCUCCCUCUAUUCUUUUGCUGCCCGAGCUCAGGGGUUUUGUUUGUGAGAAAAUUUGACAAGCACCAGUCGUCGCCAUAUUGGCUUUUCCUGGGGACUCUUAAUUAUAAAAUCAUAAACAAGGAUGCAAGUCUGUGGUAGAGUUGCAAUGAUGGGCUCGGGGCAACAAUUUGCAUGCACCAAGGUGCUGAAUUUUCCUGCUAAUAGGUGUGACAGCUAUGGAUUUACGCCUCAAGUGAAGCUCAAUAAUGUGAAGGCUUGUAGGGCAUCUUAUGUUGAAGGAAGUUUGGUCAGUGGAAAGCCAUCUACUCUCUCCGUCUCUGUGCCUGAAAUAGGAGGUGAUCAAAGUAGCUUUCUGGAUUAUGGCUUGAGUGAAGCUGAUCCUGAGGUGUAUGCUAUUGUUGGCAAGGAAAAGAACCGACAGUAUAAAAGCCUUGAGCUUAUUGCUUCAGAAAAUUUUACAUCAAGGGCAGUGAUGGAAGCAGUUGGUUCAUGCCUCACAAAUAAGUACUCAGAAGGUUUGCCUGGCAAAAGGUAAAUUUUAUUCCUUUAUAUUUUUUCCUCACUAAG